ACGAGAGAAACGCGGGGAAAAACGAAGGAAGCAGAAAGGAAAGAGGGUUUGGGAUGGGGGUUUAGAAACAGAUAAACUCGCCACUCUCACUCACUGAGUCGCACAGCGAGUCAGCCACAGAGCAAAAACCAUGAGAAUCCUCCAAUCCAUUACUGGUCAGUGUCGGCCGGCGCUGCGAGCUCUGGGACGGCGGUACUUUGCGGCUGCGGCGGCGACGACGGAGGAAUACGCGAAGAGGAACUACGCCAACAACGUGUCGGAGUACAACAGCGUGUUCAAUUCCCUCACUGCUCAGAGGAAGCAUUUCCUGCUGAGGGAUGCGUAUGAGGAUAUGAUGCUCGACGGCGUCCAGCCUGACCAGGACAGCUUCCGGUCGCUCAUACUGGGCACCCUCAAAGGCUCGAGCUUGCAGGACGCUUUCUUCUUCGCUGACCAGAUGAAAUCCAUGGGCUUGGCCCCUGAUGUUAAUAUGUACAACAUAUUGAUCACAUUGUGUGGGAAGUGUAAGCACUCUGAUCGAGCGAUUCAGAUUUUGGAAGACAUGAAGAACUAUGAAGUGUCACCCAAGGUACAGACCUACAUGUGUCUGCUCAAUGCGUGCGCAGCUACUGGCCGAUUAGAUCGAGUGUAUGCAAUUGUCCGUGACAUGACUGCUGCUGGUCUUGGGCUAAACAGGUUCUGCUACGCUGGACUUGUAACUGCACUUAGGAACAAAACCCCUUUACCAGAUGAUUUUGGCACCAAAAUUAUAGAGUUUGUUGAGCAAUCAAAAGAGUGGUCAUCGGUUGAAGGAUCAAGUAUGACUGCUGAAAAUGUGAUGAUGGGUGUGACAGAAGAAGAGUUGUAUAAUAUGCCAACUGCUGAAUAUUCUCAUAGGGGUGGGUUUCUGAAUAGGCAACUAACUGUGUAUCAUGCUGCAUUCCAUGCUUGCGCAGACCUCAGGAAUGUAGAGGUGAUGGAAGCUCUUCAGGAGAUGCUAGCGAAGGAAGGAAAAAGUCCCGAUCUGUUUAUUGUGUUGCAAAUAAUGAGGUGUUAUCUACACUCAGGGGACAUUGACCGUGGUAUUCAAACUUUUGAAGACUAUAUGAAGUCAGGAAAGCCUCCUGUUGUAGAACUAUAUACGAUGCUUGUGGAGGGAGCCAUGAUUGGAUAUACUCCCAAGGGAAUGAAAAUUGCCGAAGAAACACUGGUGAAUAUGAAUUCCCGGAGCUUUUUCUUAAGUCCAAAAAUGGGGAGUGAUCUUCUCCUUCAAGCUGCUGGUGACGAGACUGGAGGUUAUAGUGUUGCCAACUAUAUCUGGGACCUGAUGGAAGCGCGUAAAAUAGUUCCUCAAUUCCUUUCCGUAGAAGCAUAUUACAAGGGAUUAAAAAAACGUGAGAUUCCUGAAGAUGAUCCACGACUGCAACAUGUUACAAGGACAUACAAUGACCUUCGCGCCAGAAGGGGGCCUGGACGAGCUAUUAGAUAAACAAUGACGAAAGUUGCUCCGAGGAGGAGCUAUUUCAUGGACUUCUACUUGUAGUGACAUUAUUGCUGCUUCAAAGGAAAUGAGCAUCGUUUUGUCCUGGUAUCGGAGGCUCGGGGUACCAUACGGCGUACGCCGGGUUACAUCGGGCAUAUCUUUUUGAAAUUUUUUUGUUUACCAAAACAAUGAUCUAAGUUAAUUUUUUUCUGGAUGCGUCAAGGAUGUUGUGAAUAAUGAUUUUUUUUUCUUCCUGCAAUUUUACUUGUUGCCCGUGAAUGGGAAAUAGACUAGUAAUAAUUGAGCUGAAAACUUGCCAUUUGGCACUAGAAUUUAAAGGUAUUUCCAGUUAUUUAUUCCUCUUUAUUUGUAAGUCGGAAUUAUCAAGUUCAAUUUUCAUAACUGGCGAGUUUGAGGUCAAUUA